AUGGCACCUAUCAACCCCCCUGUCUCAGCGCAAGAGCUUGAGAUUCUUUCAACAAAGGCGAUUGCAGCGAAAGCGUCCGCCUACUGUCCUUACUCUAAGUUCCGCGUCGGCGCGUGUAUUCUUACCACGUCGGGCGAAUUUGUGGUUGGCGCCAAUGUCGAAAAUGCCGCAUACCCAGUAGGAACGUGUGCAGAGCGAGUCGCAUUCGGUACUGCAGUUGUGGCGGGACAUAAAGAUUUCAAAGCGCUUGCUGUUGCUACAGACAUUAGGCCAGCGGCUUCGCCCUGUGGAAUGUGUCGGCAAUUUAUUCGCGAGUUUACCGGUCCUUCAUUCCCAGUGUACAUGUAUGAUGUUGAUGGAUCAUAUGUUGUCAAAACGAUGGAUGAGGCACGUCAUUCCUUCUGA